AUGAUGAAAGCACGGUCACAUAUACUUCACAAACUACUAGAUGGAUGCGUACAACGACUGGAUACGACAGUUUUGGAUAAAAUGCUCCCAACCAAACAUGAAUACGUCCUAUACAUUCAACUGACUCCAUUGCAAAUUGAUUUAUACAGGUAUUAUAUCAAAUAUUCCGUAAAUGCAACGAAAUGCGCAAUCACAAACAUUAUGAGCCCCAAUUCGUCGGAGUUUUUUCAUGACUUUCGUAGCCUGCUCAGAAUUUGUGCCCAUCCAUGGGUAGUAAUAAACAAAUCAGAUAAAACUACGCCAGAUAGUGAAGAAAGUGAAGAUGAAGAAUCAUUUUGCGAAAAAUCUGCUGGCAAAGGCAAGGAUUUCGGUUUGGUUAAUUUAAUUUCCGAUAAUAGUUCUGAGGAGAGCGCAUCGGAAUCUGUUAUGGAAACAGACACACCGACAAAAACCCACAUAAAUGAUGAUUGGUGGAAAGUACCGUUCAGCCAACGGAUAGAAGAGUUUGAUAGCAUUCAAUGCUCGGGAAAACUGGUUUUGUUGUUUUCAAUUUUGGAAGACGCAUGCAACGAUAAGUUGUUGGUAUUUUCGCAAAGCCUGGAAUCGCUUAAUAUGAUUGAACACUUCCUUGCCGUGAUCGAUGGAAUGAAUUGGAAACCAGGCGUCGAUUAUUUCCGUUUGGAUGGAAACACGAACAUCGAAAAGCGCAAACUAUACUGUGAACGCUUCAAUGAUACCAAAAAUUCACAGGCAAGACUUUUUCUCAUUUCAACGAUGGCUGGAGGCUUGGGCAUAAAUUUGACUGGUGCCAACCGCACUCAAUGUGUAUUCAGAGCUUAUCGCUUGGGCCAAGAAAAACCUUGUUUCAUUUACCGUCUCAUUGCUCUUGGUUCGAUAGAAGAACAAGUUUACAAAAGGCAAGUGACAAAGUUGUCUAUUUCAAAGCGAGUUAUUGAUGAGCACCAAAUUGAUCGGCAUUAUAAACAACACGAAUUGAGCGAGUAUUAUAGUAUAGAUCGAAUCAGCCCACAAGACAAAAGACCAGAAGUGAUUAUUCCAGAAGAUCCAAUUCUCGCAACACAAUUGCAAAACAAUGGACACCUGAUUUACAGCUAUCAUACUCAUGACUCUCUCCUUGAAAACAAAGUAGACGAAGGUUUAACUCAACAUGAAAUCGACAGCGCUUGGAAUCAAUAUCAAAUUGAUAUGACUAAAAAUGAACAAAAAGACAGGAUAUUGAAAUAUCGACCAUUUUUUGAGAAAGCCGAACUGGUAAACUUGCUCACUCUGAAAGCAAAACAGGACCAUCCUCACCAGGAAAGUGUACUGGAAUAUAUUCCAGCUCUUUUAAGAGAGCUACAUGAGCAACGUGCAAAUGAUGAUAUGCGGAUGCUCAAUGAACUAUAUGAUAUCUACGUAUCCCAUGGAAAGAAAGUCGAAGGCUCAUUUGACUCACAUGCCUAA